UCCUCACCAGUUUUUCUUCUUCUUUUCCCCCUCUCCGUGAAGUCACAAAUAAUAUUCUUCCACAGACCACCGGAACGGAACCAAUCCUCCUGCGCCGCAACCGCUUUGCCGUCCAUGGCCUCCGCCGCCAGCACCGCCGCCGCCGGGGCCCCGCUGCGCCUACUCUCCUCCUCCUCGGCUCGCCUCUCCAAGCCCCUCCUUCCCCGCCCCCACUGCCUCACCCUCUGCUCCCCCAUCUCCUUCCAGCGCCUGACGGCCCGGUCCGCCGCCUCCACGUCCCCCUCCCCCUCCACCACUUCCUCCUCCCCAUCCGGCUCCGUCGACCCGUCUCAGCUACCCCCAGCGCUCCGCGACAUCGUCGGCCUCUUCCAGUCCGUCCCCGACGCGCGCACCCGGUACAAGCAGCUCCUAUCCUACGCCGCGCGGCUGCCGCCGAUGGACCCGGCGCUCAAGACCGACUCCAACCGCGUCCGGGGGUGCGUAUCCCAGGUCUGGGUCCACGCCGAGCCGGAGGAGAACGACGGCGGCGGCCGCAGCGUCAGGUUCCACGCCGACUCCGACGCGCAGCUCACCAAGGGCCUGGCCGCGCUGCUCGUGCUCGGGCUCUCCGGUGCGCCCGCGGCGGAUGUGGCCAAGGUGCCCGUGGAGUUCAUUGAGCUGCUGGGGAUAAGGCAGAGCCUCUCGCCCUCCAGGAACAGUGGCCUGCUCAACAUGCUCAACCUCAUGAAGCGCAAGGCCCUCGAGAUCGCCGGAGACGCCGGUGGUGAUUCGACGACGAGCCAACAAUCAGUCCAGGAGGUUGCUGAACCACGAGCCAAUGGCAUUGAGAACAAAGGGUCCGAAUUUGCGGCAUUCGGUGUGCAAGAGGAUGAGAAAUCGGUGGCAGAUAUGCCUAGUCAGGAGGAACAAUUGGAGGAAGUGCCAGAUAAUUUUGUUGAAGGGAAUGGUUCUUCUUUGGGAGGUGGGAGGAAAGAGAGGAUAAGGGAGAGUCUGGAGCGCGCACUUUCGCCCAUGGAGUUGGAGAUUGAGGACAUAUCGCACCUCCACAAGGGCCAUGCUGGGGUGGCAGGGAGCAAUGGGGAGACACAUUUCAAUGUGAGGGUGGUGUCGAAGGAAUUUGAGGGGAAGAGCUUGCUCAAGAGGCACAGGGCUGUGUAUGAUCUCCUGCAGGAUGAGCUUAAGACUGGGUUGCACGCGCUGUCAAUCGAUGCAAAGACUCCGUCUGAAGUUUAGGAUGCAAAUGAAAUGUUUGCCAAUUCUGGUCAGCAUUAUCAAAACAUGGGAACAAGUGGAUGCAAACUAUAGAUUGUCUAUCAGGCUAUAUGAUCAAGUAAAAACAAGGUACAAACUCGACGACAAUGAAAAUUUUGCUUGAGAAAAGUUACGACAGGAAAGAGGGACUGUAUAGAUUCAGAUGUUUUAAAAUGGAUUUUAGAAGUUACCUAAUAUGAGGAAGGUAAAAGAACACAUACUAUCCCAUGUUAUCUUUCUCCAUGAACAACCUGUUGAUUUUGGCCCAGUGUACUACAAUGCUAGGCAUUAAAAUCACUGCUAUUUAGAAACUAGCAUUUCUUUUUUUAAUAAAGACCAGCAUUUGUUUUUAUCAGACACACAUAAAUGUGUGUGUAGACUUUUUCUAGUAUUAAUUCAUGUUCAAGUAAGGAUAAUGGUGCAGUGAUGAUGUUAAGUUCUUGCCCUAAUUUGAUGUGCAUGUCAACUAGGAACCACUCUUUAGCUUUGGAACCCCACCUGGUCUACAGGUGAUGGAUCUUGGCAAUAUUGGAAUGAACAGUUUAAAGUGCACCUGGCUAAUGUCACUGACUACGAAAUUGUUGAACCGUAUCAUAAAUAAUACUGUACGAUAUUGUUUAACCAUAUUAUAAAUUGAAUUAUGGAAUAAAAUAUGGGUUCCACUUAUCAUAAUAAAAUUUCAGUUUUGAGAAGUGUGAAUGUUGAAUCAAGGUAGACCAAUCGAAUAACUUAGAGGCAAUUGGCAGGUUGUCAAAGUCUUGGCAUGUGUUUAGUUUGGGAACAUGCAGGGUUGGGAUGGUGAGAUGGUCAAAUUACAGAUUUAAGGGAUGGGAUGAUCCCGUCUUGUGUUUGGCUGUGGGGAUGGGGUCAUCCCUUGUUCCAUGUUUGUUUGGGAACAAUGGAAGGGAACAAUGGAAGGUGGGAUAAGACAUCUGCCAUGUGGGCUUCACAUGGCGGUCUCUGUUAUUUUUUCUCUCCUCCCUCCCAUGGCCGCACACGCCUCCACUUCAGGUGCGUGCCUGCACCUCCACUCGCCCUGGCUGUUCCACUGUGCUGCUCGCCGCUGGUUCUGCCACUGCCCCACCCCACCCGUGUCGGUCCUCCGCUUUGCCUGGGUCCAGGCACCGCUCUACCCACCUGUACACCAGCUUCGCUCCGCCUGCUGCUGGCCCGGCGCUGCUCCACGUGGGCCUUGGGGCACCGUCCCACCUGCGCGUCACCACUGGUCGCCUUUUCUCUCCCAUGUUUGAUGGGGAAAACAAGAUUCUCUGGGAAUAAAGAUGCUUAAGCUGGAGCAACUAAAAUUUCUUGGACAAGCUAUCUAUCAUUUAUCAUUUGUGUCAGGUGAAUGUUGUUGGAGCUUGUCCUUGGUGGAAAGAAAGAUAGCGCACAUGGAGGGAAAAUUCAGUGGCAUUUGUGGGCUGUAAUGCCGAGGGCAGACACAAUUUUGCACAUAGGUGUCAAUCGCAUGCGGAAUACCCAGUCAAAUGUGCAGUUGUUUGAAGAACUGGGCUUACAUACUUUUCACGCAAUAAUGUGCAGCUCACUGCUGGAACGGCAGUGGUGCCAGUUGGAAAGUUAGGAACAAUAGAGUUCAUUCUUUCUUUUUCCUUGAAGAAAUUCGUUAUGCAGUCUCUCUCAUUUUUUUGGCAUCUGGAUUUGUUAUUUUGUUUUAUGAUUUUUUUGGCAAUGUAAUACAAUGUUCUGGUAAGAAACUGCAAGUGAUAUAUAUGAUUGUUGUCUGUAGCAA